AAAAGAAAAUAUAGAAUCUCAAGUAAUGGAAGUUAUUUAGAUACAUUUGAUGGUGGACAUGAAUCAGAAUCUCGCAUGAGUUGUAAAAAUCAUCAUGAUAGUCCUUGGUAUUCGAGGCAGUUAUGGUCUUUUUUAAAUCAGAAUGAUUCUGAACCUGAAAAAGUACAAAUACAAAAUCACUCAAAUAAAUGUUAUUUAGAUAAUUGGGGUGUAUAUUCAACAGUUCGUUUCUCUUCUUAUCUUAAUAGUUUAAACGAUCCUCUUUAUUCAAGACAGCAAUGGAAGUUCGAACUUGCUGAUUAUGAACUCAAAGCUGAGAUUGAAAAUUUUAAAUAUGAUAAAAAGAUUAAUGAUUUAGAUUCAUAUACAACUAAAGUUUCUUCAAUUAUUUACACCUCAAGAAAUAAAUCGUAUAGUAGUCCUUGGAAGACAGAAAUUACUCUAUCGGAGAAAACACCAAAUAUUACAUCUUGGUCUUUUAAUAAAAGUGAGGAGAUAACUUUUCUAAAUAAACUUGACGUUUAUAUAAAAGCAGAAUAUGCAGGUGUUAAAGGAAAUUCUCAUGAAAUAAUCACGUGGGAUAAUAAAACAACAUCUCUAGAAGCUAUUAAGAAAUUAAAAUUAGAUGAGACUAAUAUUUCUGGGAAAUAUUCGAUAAAAAUCCAAAAAGAAGAAGAAAUUGUGGUUAAAAUAAUUUGGCACAAAAUUAAUUUAGAUAUUCCAUUUACAGCAACAGCGAAAAUUAAAGGAUUUUCUGAUCGUUUAAGAAAAAAUGGAACUAUAGCAAAAAUGGAACAAGUUGAUGUCAAUGCUGUGAUAGCUUUUUUAAGAAAUUCUGGUUUCAAAGGAAAAAUUAUUGGCACAAAGGAAAAAAAUGUUUUGGUUAAAAUUUCUGGUAAUGUUAAUAUACAAGGUGCAUUAAAUUACGAAAUAGAAAAGUCCAAUAUUCCUCUUUCCGAUUCAAAUACUGAUUACACACUUGUCUAA